AUGGAAGAAGAAUCUCAGAUACAGAAGAUGUUUUCUGGCUCCACGGUGUUUUUGACUGGGGCUACAGGAUUUAUUGGGAAACUUUUGGUUGAAAAGCUUUUAAGAUCAUGCCCUAAGAUUAAAAAACUGUAUCUUUUGAUUAGACCUAAGAAAAAUAAAGAUAUUAAAAAAAGAUUGCAAGAGCAGUUUGACCAUUUGCUAUAUGAUAAAUUAAGAGAGAAAAUGCCAGAUUUCUUCAAAAAAAUCGAUAUUGUUGAAGGAGAUAUUGGUCAAAUCAAUAUGGGAAUGAGUGAUGCGGACCGAAGCAAGCUUAUAAAUGAGGUCGAGUUUAUUUUCCACGGCGCCGCAACUGUUCGCUUCGAUGAAGCGUUAAAGACAGCUGUGGAGAUCAACGUGCGCGGGACAAGAGAGAUUCUUACACUGGCACAUGCAUGUACCAAACUUCGUGCACUUGUCCAUAUUUCUACCGCUUACUGUAACUGCAACUUAAAUGAGAUUGACGAGAAGUUCUACGGCAGCACCAUUUCCGGAGACAUACUCAUUGACCUUGUUGAGAACAUAGACGAGAAUAUUUUGAAAAAAAUAACGCCAGGAUUACUAGGCAACCUCCCCAACACAUAUGCUUAUACCAAGUUGGCAGCAGAGGACUUCGUUCAGAAACAUUCUCAAGGACUUCCGGUAGCUGUAUUUAGACCUAGCAUGGUGAUAUCCACGGCGAGUGAACCUGUACCAGGAUGGAUCGACAAUAUAUAUGGACCUACUGGUGUAAUAGCAGGAGCAGGUGUGGGUCUCAUACACACCUUACACUUCAACAUACAAACCAAAACCGAUGUGGUCCCAGGGGACUACGUAGUUAAUGGAAUUAUAGCAGCGGCCUGGAAAACCGCCAAAGACUAUCCUGGAAAUUAUGAACAUUCUGACCUCGCUAAUUCGCCCACUAUAUACAAUUAUGUAUCUUCUGAACAAAAUCCUUUGAUUAUGGAAACAUUAAUGAAUAACAUAGUAAAAUAUGAAUGGGAAGUGCCGACAAUGAAAGCGGUCUGGAUAUACAUGUGUUGGAUAACUCCUUCAAAAUUCUUAUAUAACUUUUACUUUUUAUUACUACAUUCGAUUCCGGCGCUCAUAGUAGAUACCAUCGCUAUUUUGAUUGGAAAAAAACCUUUCUUAAGACGAGCUUACAAAAAGAUCAGAAAGUAUUUAGAAAUUAUAAGCUAUUUUGGCCUGCAGGAAUGGAAGUUUCAUAACAAAAACACACUAAGCCUACUAAAGGAGUUAGAUGACACGGACAAACAUAUAUUUAAUUGUGACAUCGAAACCUUAAAAUGGGAGGAAUAUUUUAGUUCUUCU